AGAAGCUGCUCUUCCUCCGCGCGCCGCUCGUCAUCCUGGCUGGAGGCUCGAUGGCGCUGCGCCUUCUUUCCACUGCGGGCGCCUGUCUUCUUCUUCUGAGCGACGGCAGGAAGUGGAUGGGUCGCCCGGCCGCGUCUUCGCUGCUUUAGCUCCGGCCGGCUUGUCAACGACGCUUCUCCUCCAGUGCAGUCUUUCACCCUCCCUCCCGUAUUCUGGACCCGGGACGGAGCCUUUGCUGUCGCUGCAGGGAUGGUCGGUCGAGAGACCCGGGCAUGAGCCAUAGCCAACCAAAGCGGGACAGGCCGCCUCCUCCUCCUCCUCCCUCGGGCUGCGAGGGAAGAUAACAAGGGAGUUGCGGAGGGCGAGCGUGGCUUACGGCCGCAGGAAACGAAGAGAGAAGGGCCAGAAAGGUGGCAGAAUGUCAGCAUUGGUGACAUCAGCACCAUUAUCUGAGGAGGAUAAUGCCACUUAUUCAUCUUCUCCCACGGUAGUGACAACAGCUGACAUCCUGACGACACCUUUGUUUAUAAAUGCUACCAACACUACUGUGCCACACAAAUGCUUGGUGCUUUUGUAUGAGGAUAUAGGCACAUCCAGAGUUCGUUACUGGGACCUUCUGCUAUUGGUUCCCAAUGUACUUUUCUUUGCAUUUCUCCUCUGGAAAUUGCCUUCUGCCAGGGCCAAAAUCCAUGCCACUUCCAGUCCCAUUUUUACCACAUUCUACAUACUGGUCUUUGUGGUUGCUGUGGUUGGGAUUGCUCGGGCUGUGGUCUCCAUGACAGUCAGUGCUUCUACUGCUGCUACAGUCACUGACAAGAUCCUGUGGGAAAUCACAAGAUUUUUCCUUCUGGCCAUUGAGCUAAGCAUGGUGAUUUUGGGCCUUGCAUUUGGCCACCUGGAGAGCAAAUCCAGUGUCAAGCGUGUCCUGGGUAUCACCACUGUUCUGUCGUUGGCCUACUCGGUGACACAGGGAACUCUGGAAAUCCGUUAUCCUGAUGCUCAACUCUCAGCAGAAGAUUUUAAUAUUUAUAGCCAUGGAGGAAGGCAUUUCUGGCUUGCCAGCUCUAGCUUCUUCUUUCUGGUUUAUUCCUUUGUGGUGAUGCUUCCCAAAACUCCCUUGAAGGAUCGUAUUUCUCUACCAUCAAGGAAGAGUUUCUAUAUCUAUGCAGGAAUUCUUGCUGUGCUCAAUUUAGUGCAAGGUAUCGGCAGUGCUCUGCUCUGUGCAGGUAUCAUUGAAGGCUUAUGCUGCGUGGAUGCCACCACCUUCCUCUACUUCAGCUUUUUUGCUCCACUCAUCUAUGUGGCAUUUCUGAAAAGUUUCUUUGGGUCUGAACCAAAGAUCCUCUUCUCCUAUAAAUGCCAGGUGGAUGAACCUGAGGAUGUUGAUGUGCAUCUUCCCCAUGCUUAUGGGGUAACCAAAAAAGAAGGGCUAGAUUCUGGCUUCUACUCCAACACUCAGAUUGACACCACAGCAUACCUGGACGAUGUAGCUUCCAUGCCGUACCAUGUGGGCAGCAUCAAUAGCAUUGACAGUGACCGAUGGAAAGCCAUUAACUCCUAAAGGCAGAUGUGGUUGAAAUAAUAACUUUCUCUUGCGCCCUUUGUUCCAUUCAGAUAAUCUUUUGGAACUCUAAUGUGUUUGUCUUCUAUUUCAUUGGAGGUGUUUUUUUUUUAAAGAUAUUUAAAUUCUGUAUGGAACAUAAAAUUGGCAACUGUAGUCUUCCUGGACAAUACUCAUCUUUGUGAGACAACGUACAGAUCAGCUUCAUUUCAGACACGCAUAAAUGCUGACUUUUCAUAUUCUUGGCAUUCCAAAUCUACAUGGUUAGACCGUUUGUCACCUUUUGUUCAUGAUAAAGUGCACAUUCUACUAGGAAUAUUGACUGUUCCUUCGGAUAUACACCCAAACACAAACAAUUUGAAAUUAAGGUUGGAAUGCCUUGUUUGCAUUUUUUUUUAAGGUUUGAUUUAGUUAUUUAUAUUCCCAACAAGUUCAAUUUCCCGGCAGUAAUCUUCACUUUGGAACUGGAAGAUAAGAGCAUAGUUCCUACAUUUUGGGCAACUGACCUAUGCUGGAAAUGGAGAUGAGAGAACUGUAGAAGCUUUUGAGCAUCUCAUAAUUCUUCCCAGGGAAGUUGGGAGUAUAUUAUAUUUUAAAAAGAACUUAACAUUGAGAAGGAGAGGGAAGGAGCGUAGUCAACAAAGAAAGGUCUCUGGAACAUGUUACUGUGCUACUGAACUACUGUGAUUUAUUGACAUGCAGGCAUGUUUCGUACACUGUAUAAUUUUCAGAAUGAGAAUGUAGCCAAGUGAGUGUUAUGGAAUUAUGUACUGUAAGACCACUUCUGUGCAAAUAGGAUUGAGUAGGGAGAAUACGGCUUGGAUGGAAAUUCUAAAAUGAAAAGGGUAGAAGAGCAAAUAGAAAUAUUUUAGGAAUCUGUUUUACACAGCUUGCUAUUGAUGCCUGCGAUGGCAUCUAAAUAGAAUACAAACCCGAAGUGACUAUGAAGUCUAGAUUAAAGACAAGCUUUUUAUAUUAGUUGUGGUCUGGGCCUCAAGGUUAGGACCGUAUUAUAAUGUUGACCUGGCUUUUCUGGAACCUUUGGUAACACUUGGCUGAUGAUUGCAUUAGUGAUGUUGGUAGUGCCUGAAUUUGGAAGACUUCUAAGGGUUUUUCUGUGAGAUUAAUAAAGUAAAAGAAUGUUAAUUUCUUUUAUUAUAAUAAAGAUGUUUUUGGAAAGAGAAUAAUAUAGGAUUGGCUAUACUUUGAAGGCAAGAAGAAAAAUAGCAUAUCUAAAAUGUUUUUAAAAGCUUGCAUUUUGUGCCCAUGCAUUAUGCCUAGCUUUUGUUGUUGUUAAUGUUCUUGCCUGUAAGGUUAAGUGGAAAAUGCAUAAUUAUGGGCACCCUUAAUAGUGUGCGAACUGUGGGUAAAAUUAUUUGAAUAGAGACUGGCUAGGAGGCAAAUGUAGGCACAGCUAAUUGGAUUUAAUAUUCCAUAAAAUAAGAAUGACAAACCAGAAUGUCUUUUUCCUGUUGUUACAAUGGCAUUAAUUCAGGAUCAUUUAUGCUACAAAUGGAUGAAUAAGGUUAGGAUUCCAGAAACUCACAGCAAUUUUCUUUGAAAUUACAGGAUUUGCUUUAAGGAAACCACUUUAGAACUGAGACACAAAAAGAAAAAAUAAUAUUUUGUCUACUGAAUUCAGACAUGCUCUUCCCUUUUCCCUUAAAAUUCUGCCAUUUGUAAUUUCUGCUUGCCAAGCCAACACCAAUGUAUACAAGAUCUUGAUUUUAAGAGUUUCAAAAUGAUCUAAAUUCAGAAAAGAAGACUAGUGCUUACAACUGCUAUAUGGAUGUGUGGUUAAUGAAGAUUAGCAUGUUUGAUGUGAUAGAAAACAAAAAUUUGUCUUUAAUUUUGCUGUUGGUCUGGUGUUAGCAGCAUUAUUGUCUUGUGGCAAGAAAUCUUACAUAAUUUGUAAUUGACACCUCAAUAAUCUUUAUGGUGUUAAUUGGAGUUAGGCUGGUGGAAACCUCUGUUCAGAAAUGAGAAUUUAUUGCAGAGUUAUGUGAGCUGGUUCAUACAAAACCUUUAUUCCCAGACAGCUGAUCAGUUUUUAUUAAUUUCCCAAUUCCCUACUUCUAUAGGGUAUCCCAAUCUCUUUCUCCUCCCCAGCCAGAAUGCCCCAAUAUCUUUACAUGGGCUAUUCUCAUUAGAGCGGAUUGGUGUUAUAGACCCACUGAUCUGGAAGGAAUAAAGUUGGAGAAACCUUCAGGCAGGUUAAGGUGCAUGUGCGAAAUGAAAGGAUUCUUAAUAUGAAGAUGGAUAUCUUGAGUAAUGUGAAUCGGGGUGAGAUGACAUUUCAGAUACUUUAACUUAACCAUGUUCCGCAUCAAAAUUCGGUCAUUCACUCAGCUACGAUCACUUUUCCACUGUAGAAUCCUGUUGUUCAUCACCAUGAUGACUCGAUUGUUAAACGCCUCUUUAUAUAUCUACCUUUGUCUUCUGCUGCUGAGAAGAAACUGCACUAAGCGAAAGAAAUGUCUUCUUCCAAGUAUACUGAUUUUAAAGUGUAUAUAGAUAAUGCCUUCCAUCUUCAGAGCAAAAUACCAUCCACAAACGGACAAUGUUUGUGGAGGUGAAUGUAUUGCAUGUCUCAUGAAAUGUUGGAACAAACUUUAAAAAUAAAGCUAUGUAUAUUUUUGUCUGUAAAAUAAAUGAUCU